CCCCUGUUUUGAAGAUACGAAGCAUCCAACCAGUCUCCAUUAACCUCUCCCUCCAUUGUCAUUGUUUCUACUGCUUCACUUACAUUUUCUCUCUCACCUUGAGAUCUUCAAUCAGAAGCUACCCCUCUCUUUCUCUCUCCUUCAUAUUUCACUCUCACUCUCCCCACUUUGAUUCUCUAUAUUAGAAACCCUAAUUCAAACUCAGUCUAAUUCUAUUUCACCAUUUCAAUGUCUUCCAGAGCAUCGUUUUCUCAUGAUUCAAGGAUGAUCAAGAAGGCACUGCCAAAAUCUCUCUUACUCAGGGAUUAUUUACUCGAUGAUAUGAGCUCGUGUUCAUCAAACGGCUUCCGGUCGUAUCCUCGCCGUCAAUGUUGCACCACCGUUCGAUUCCUUGUGGAAAUGGAUCUUAACAACAACGGUAAGCUGCCUCUAGAGCAGCAGCGACGGUCGAUCCCGGAAAUCAAAACAAAAUGGAAAUCAAAAUCAAAACCGAAACAGAAACAAUUGUCGGUGUUACAAAGAGCUUCUGCUGCAAUGAUCAAGGCAUUCAAACAUUUCCAGUUUUCCGGCGCCGGGAAUCCCACGAUGGCUAACUUUCUCCCGAGGAGUUUCUCUCGGAAGCUCCUGAAACAUGGGCUCUGGAAGAAAACCGAUCAUCCUAACAAGGAGAUCAAACGGUUGAAAUCGUUCGGCGAUUUCAUCAAAGAGAAGGAAACUCCUACUCAGCCUCCGUCUCCGUCGCAAUUCUCAACCGCCAUCACCACGGCGGAGCUGAACAGCUCAACGAGCAACUACAGUAACAGUUGGUCCGACAGCGACUUUACUACCACCACCGGUAACUCUUCGGAGGUUAACUUAGCUCAGAAAAAAGUCAUAGACGCUUCACCGGAGAUCAAGAAUUCGACAAAUGGUAAAAUAGUUGGCGCAACCGCCGACACCGCCACCAACUGGUCUCCUACUUCCGAUGAUGCAAAGUUUGUUGGCGAUGACAAUCAAUACAAGAAGUGGCAAAACCAACAAGAUGAACAAUUUAGUCCUGUUUCUGUGAUGGAUUUUCCAAGCAACAACGAUAAUGAUGUUGAUGAUGAAGAAGAGGUUUCUUCUAUGUUCCAACAUACACACAUUGAUGUUGAAGGAACAAAAAAGAUAAUGUACAAGACUCGAAGAUUUGAGGGUGUUCUUCAACUUGAGCCUAUUAAAUUAGAGGACCGCAUUACUCAAUUCGAUAUUGAGUCGUCAACAAAAACCCUUUAUGAGGUAGAUCAAGAAGAGAACCACCAAGAAAAGAAAGCAUUGGCAUUACUUCAACUAAUGAAAUCAACGAUUUCUUCCCUUGAUUUAUUCAAAUAUGAAAUUAUGGAAUGCCUAUUGUUAGAGUUCUUUAAAGAGAAAAUGAUUGAGCAAAGUGUCUCUAAUUAUGAAAUAUUGAAGAAGACAAAAGAUUGGAUGGAUGGACAAGUACAAGAGAUUGUUUUUGACUGGGAAUCUAAGAAGAGUAAAGAAACAUGCAUAAGAGAAAUCGAGAAAGGGGUAAAUUGGUCAAAGUAUGACAAUGAAGUGGAGAAAGAAAAUGUAGGUAUGGAGUUGGAGUAUGAAAUAUUUAAUUCAUUAGUCGAUGAUAUAUUGUUAGAUUUUCAUUUGUAUAAGUGUAUGGCAUGCAAGAUUGAAACUUUCAAGUAGAAAGUUGCAUUCUCAGAUGCUAAAAUGGCCAUGCUACAACUUGUAGAGGCUAAUGUCUUUGAUACCAAGUUAGAGUACUAAACUAGUUUUGAUCUUUUUAUCGUAUGGGGAUAAGAAAAAAUAGGUUCAAUUUAAAAAUAUACUUUGUAAUAUCAAUAAGUUAUUGAGAUAAUGCUAGC